GGAUUCCUAUACUUUGUGAUAAUAUUUUCACUUUUCCGAGUAAUCUCGGACUUCUAAGAAAAAUGAAGGCAAUUGGGAUAGACCUCGGAACCACGUACUGUUGUGUAGCCGCAGUAAGAGAUGGGCAGCUUGAAGUAAUUGCCAAUAAAGCAGGGAACCGAACGACGCCAUCAUAUGUUGCAUUUGAUAGAGAAGAAGAUAACAGCGUGAUUGUUGGAGACGCCGCAAAACACCAAGCAUCGAUGAAUCUUGAUAAUACAAUUUACGAUAUCAAACGCAUGAUCGGAUGCAGAUUUCAUGACAUUGUAUUGCAAGAAGACAUGAAACGUUGGAGCUUUGACGUCAUCAAUAUUGACAACAAACCAAAUAUAGAGUAUUGGGAUGGCGAGAAGGAAUAUUUUUCUCCUGAAGAACUGAGCGCCUAUCUUCUUGAAGAAAUGAAAAAAUCCGCCGAGGACUACUUAGGAGAGAAAAUUGAAAAAGCUGUCGUGACGGUUCCAGCUCAGUUCAAUUCUGCCCAGCGUAAAGCGACACUUGAAGCUGGCAAACUAGCAGGCCUUGAAGUCAUUGCCUUACUAAACGAACCAUCUGCAGCUGCAAUCGCAUAUGGGAUGAAAAACCAGCGAGUCGACAUUCAAAACAUACUGGUGUUUGACUUCGGUGGGGGAACCUUCGACGUUACGGUUCUGUCAAUAAAGAACAACAUAUAUGAAGUUAAAUCUACCGGCGGAAAUACACAUCUUGGAGGCGAAGAUCUGACCGAUCGUUUGGUCAGUUAUUUUGCUGAAGAAUUCAACAAAGAAAACGAUCUAGACAUGACCACAGACAAGAAAGCAAUGGACAAACUGAGAGAAAAAUGUGAAAUUGUAAAAAAGAAUUUAUCACACGCUCAGAAAUCCCCACUGAGCAUUGACAGUCUUUUCAAACACAAGGAUUUCUUCAGACAAGUUACUCGGACUAAAUUUGAAGAACUGAAUAUCGAGUUAUUUGAUGAGACUUUAAAAACUGUAGAGAAUGUUCUUGCAAAAGCUAAUAUGGAUAAAUCUGAGAUUGACGAGGUAGCACUUAUUGGUGGAUCAAGUCGCAUUCCCAAGAUUCGUCAACUGAUUUUUGAAUAUUUCGCAAAAGAUCCUAGCAAAGCAAUAAAUCCAGAUGAAGCAGUAGCCCUGGGUGCUGCAGCCUAUGCUGCACAUCUAACAGAUGAUAAAUCUGUAGGAAUAAAAUCCAUCGUUCUGAAAGAUGUUACUCCGUUAUCACUUGGUGUCGCGUUGGCUGGUGGUACGAUGAAGGUUAUUGUUCCUCGAAAUACUGUUAUUCCUACGACGGAAUUUCAUACUUUUUGCACAUCAGAGGAAAAUCAGAAAUACAUAAAUGUCAAGAUAUACGAGGGAGAGCGAGCGGAAGCAAAGAAGAAUAUUCGAAUCGGUAAAUUCAAGCUCACUGAUAUUCCGCCAGCUCCAAAGGGUGAAGGAAAAUUUACUGUUGAGUUUCAUAUCGACUCGGACGGAAUACUUACCGUAACAGCGCGCGACAACACAACUGGCAAAAUAAGCAGUGUCGUGGUUAGUGGAGAUGUGAGAGCAAGCAAACAAGAAACCGCAAGAAUGGUGAUGGAAGCAGAAAAGCAUGAGGAUGAAGAUGAACUCAUCAAAACAAAAAAGAAACUAGAGACAAAGUUGGAAUCGACAGAAAGACGUAUUCAGAGAGUAGUACAGAAUGCGGCCUGUUCGCCAAAUCUUACUGACGAACAAAAAAGCAAGGUAAUGGGGGAAUGCAACAAGAUGAUGGAACGUCUUCGCAUCGAGGAGGGAAUUGGUAUUGAAGAAGUCGAAACUAUUCGGAAAGAAUUAAAAGAGUUUGAAGACACCAUUAACCCAUCAACCAAUUCGUAAACCCUUUUUUAGAUCCUAAGUAGGAAUGUAUUAUUGAAAUAUUAUAUUCUUACGUGCUAUUUAAACUUGCAAAUCAUAGUUUCAUUUUAACAUUCUAGUGGACAUUUUAUUUUUAUUGAGACUUGCAACAUAAGUAUAAAAUUUUGAGUUCGUGUGAAAAUUAAAAUAACGACAAAUUAAAGGGAUAAUUUGAUUUGAAUUAACUUUACAAAUGUGGCAUGUGGUUUUUAAAACUAAUUUUGAACAUGUUAUUUUUAUGUUUUAUAGGUAUUUAAUAGAUUUUGACCAUUACUAAUUUCAUUAUUGGGGAAUAAUUUUUUACCUAAUAGGUGUAUUUUAUGGAUUGUGAGGUUGGUCUUCGCAAUUGUGAUUGUUUCUGUUGGAAAAAAGCCCAUUGCUAAUAUAUGUAAAUGACAUAUGAUAAAAUUCUUUGAAGUGUUAAUUAGUAUAUUGCCAUGUGAACAUUCCUCAACAAGGAACAAGCAACCGCUAGCACCUAAAGUUCUAUGUUUAGAGGUCAAAAAACUUUUUCAAUGUAGUUUAAGUAAGUCAAAACUAAUUUACUCGUAUUACUGUAAAUACAACAAUGAAAUAACUUGCAAACGUUUGUAUUUUAUAUUUGUAUUAUAAACU